CCAAUGAGCCUCGUAGCGACAUCCGUAUCAAAAACAGCUACGACAAAAAGGAUUCCAAAAUCUACACAGCCAGGCCAUCAACUACGUGUACACGGAUUAUGCACUCUGAACAACAUAAGCAGAACCUCACCCCAACGCUAGUCCCAAAAGUCAAAAAGCAACUGGUCAUUUACAAAAUAGGAGAAGAUACACUUGUCAAGCAUGCAGAUGACCGCUUUUACCUUGGCACAGUGAUUGGAGUACGUGAAACGCACUGUUUGGUGCGAUACGAUAAUGCUACGGUGGAAUGGUCUGCAUACGAAGACAUGAGUAAGUUAAGCCAACGGGCCAUCGAAAAUACGGGCCUGAUCUGUAACAUCUGUGAGCAAGAGUCUGACGAAAAGUCUCUCGAAAUAUGCGGACGUUGUCGUUGGGCAUGCCAUCUCAAAUGUGCCCAAUACGAUUUGUGCCUAGAAAUUCUCAGUAGCCUAGGGACGUGGCUCUGCACAGGUUGCAAUCCGCCAGAAGAGUCUGACGAGCACGGCAGCGAUGGUGGCCUCAAUGCUUCGGUUGAACCGAUUGAGGAACUUCAGCCACGAAUUCACAAGGAUCAAUUACCGUAUCUGUUUGACGAACUUGAGUGGGAUUUGCGCCACAGGAAAAAUUCGGAAGGUCACUAUUGCUACUGUGGUCAGGAUGGUGAUUGGAAAAAGGAAAUGUUACAAUGUCGGCGCUGUCAACAAUGGUUCCACGGGAGAUGUAUUCGAAGUUUGCAGUAUCCGAUUUUCCUAGGGGAUCAGUUCUACUUUUUCCUCUGCACAAUCUGUAAUUAUGGACACGAGUUUGUGCGACGCCUAGAGAUCAGUUCCGCUGAUCUUAUUCAUCUUAUACUUUAUAAUUUAAUCGCUCGAAAUGCUAAACGAUUUUAUAAUAUUCGUCAUGCGAUUGUACCAUACAUAGAGGAAAAUCUGCGCACACUGCAGCUACCCGAUCAACUUGUUCUUAUGUCUACUGACUCGCGAGUAGAAUUAAUUCUACAAACACUUGAGAGCAACAGACUGCGGUUUCUUUCUAUGGGUAGAUCCACAAUCGAUAAGUUAUGGACAUUGAAAAUAUUUUGCGCGCCGCAAGUCCUUCCUUGUGUGAUUCCUCAGGACAUAAUUAUCACCGAACCUGUUCUCAGCCAGCUAGCGUUGAAAAAUCCCAAUCUACGCUUUAUUCCCCGCAAGUAUUUGGAACACACCUUUGUGAGCAAUGCCUGUUGUCGAGAGCGCAUGACUGGCAGCAAGUACAGUAUUAUUACAGUACAGGAACCGGAUGAUAAUUUAAGCACCACCUCGACUUCGACAGAUAGCACAUAUUAUGAAGAAAACAGUUCGACAAGUUCAGUAACAGUUCGCCGCACAACUGUUUUUAACGAUCUGCCAUCUACAAAAAUUGCCCUAACGUCGCUGACACUAGCACAAAACGAAUUGCCGCCAGAAAAAAUGCUACCGUCGUAA